AGCAGAAAGUAGUGAGCCGGCCGUUACUGCUCGCCGCAGUGACAGUGUGCAUCCGAAAACAACAAGAACUUUAUCCCCUUUUAUUUUUCUUUUCCUCCUGUAUAUGGCGAGGAACGAGCUGGAUAUAUUCCCUUCCAAGCGGCACGCUAAACUCGAUUUCUUUCUGAAGAGGCACUUGGACGACAGCGUCUUCAACAAGAUCCGAAUGUACGAAGCGUGCAUCGCAGUGACGGAGAGGAAACACAAGAAAACGUUCGACUUCGUCGUCCUCACCGACGAGUGCAUUUAUUUGACGGAGAACCCACCCAAGACCAUCCAAGAGGCCGUACAUCUCAGUGAUGUUGUUGCAAUUGAGCUGGUUGACGAUUACCCUGACUUUCUGAGUGGCCAAGACCGUGAAUCUGCACAGCACAUCCGCAUUAUUUAUAUUUCACGGACGGGGAAGAAACAACAGAAAGUGUCUGUCAGCGGCAAUAAAUAUAGACCCACUCGUAUCGGCGGCCGAAGGAAGUUUGGUGCCCUGGGCCACGAGGAAGUUGGCACAAACCAGGAGACCAUCAGCAACCCAGGUACACUCAACCCCAAGCAGAACAAGGCUCUGAGGGAAUUCUCUCUCAGGAAAGGCGCAGCACUUGGCUGGGACCCCUACCCUGGACUGUCCCCCCCAGCCCCUUGCCCUGCUCCUGACUUGAAGAAUCUGAAACUGUCCGAGAAAUGCAACGAGGAGCGUCCUGUACCCGGGCCCACGAGUGCCCGCCCGCUGCCCGUCCCUCCGAGGGAUAGGCUGGCCUCUGUCUUGGAUUCGAGAGCUCAACCUUACAACCUGGCACCUGUAGAGCAGCUCCCUGCCAAUCCCUAUCCUUGCCACAGAAACACCAGGGACCAGCAACUUGAAAUAAGUGACCCCACCCCAGAAGCAGAGAAGAAGAUAAGCCGUCAAUCGAAGGAAAAGGAAUUGGAGCUUCAUCUUUACAUUAUCUCCAUGUCAUCCCUAAUAUUUCUCCAUUUAAAAAGUGCGUGGAACAAUUUUAUGAUUCAGUCGACCCUGAUGCAGGACCCAGCCUACGCCGGAGUGAGUGCUUCCUCAUCUCCCGCUCGAGGUCCCAAAACACACAGCUCAGAGGGAAGUAAUAAGCUCUUCAAUCAACUGAGCUCGGAAUUGCUUCAUGGAAGCAGCACACUGGAGAGGUCCUGUUCCCUGGUGAGGGAUCUGAAAACUGCUGCUCUCAGGAACUUCACGAUUAAAAAGCUCUUCUGGAAAUCAAACGAUUUGUACCCCUUUCUAAUUGGAAAACUUCAGCAGCAUUUGCCAAGGUUGGAGGAGUCAACCACGCAGCAAGACAGGAGCAAAACCAAGGACGAUCUACAGUUUUGUAUUUUGAUCGUGGAGACAUUGGGUGUAAUGUUCAGGGAGACGGAAACAGAACCAACACGUCUGGCACUUCUCAAUGCCAAACGGGGCCUCCUGGUUAUCAACCUGCUGAAGAUUUUAAUAAGUGGGCCUCAAGUGUCCAAAGCUUCCCCUACAGUGGGUGAUGGAAUGCCAGUCGGGUGUGUGAUCUCAGCCACAGCUGACAGUGAGGAGCUGCAGAGCCUGUUGCUGGAGUACAACAAUGCGGUGAUAUCUGCUCUGUAUGAAAUUUUCCUCAUAACUCACCAGGGAAACUGGGGCUCAGGCUCUGAAAACUUGAUGACAGUGGGAUGGUUAAUGGAUGCUCUGCAGAAAAGUCCAGCCAUGUUAUAUUUCAUUGACCAUAUGAUAAAGCACAUUAUUAAGACGGUCCUGCCUCCAGUUCAUCUCAUGAGCCCCACCCAGGCUUUGCUUCUUUUCCAACAACUCUACAUCCUGAACACCUGCAUUCAGUACGGCAGUAGCUUGGCAGAGCACGUCAGGAGUAAAUACAGCGAAGAGUUCAGGUAUUAUAUCCAGAGUGCCACGGUGGAAGCAAUGCUCCCAGCACAUUACGCUGUCACGCAGCCCGCAAUGCGGCUCCUCCAUCAAGUACUAGGUUGCAUCCUCCAAAAGCCCGUCUGAACAUCUACAUGUCCG